AUGUGUCUUCGGGCCUUGCAUGCCAUCUAUGCCAUCCUGCGCAACGGCCUCUGGGACGACCCGGCAGAGGCUGUCUCGGGUACCAUCCACACCCGCUUCCGGAAGGUAGCGGAGAGCAAUGGGAUCCAGGAAGAUGGAGCCACCUACCUGACAUGGAGAUUCAGCUACCUGAUCUGCCAUGUUCUGUUCGCGGUAGCGUGGGGUGCUGCCAGUUACACGGAAUGGAUCCCGAACAGGCACUAUGAUGAGAUCAUUGCACAGCUGCCAAGGGAGAUUGGACCCAAACGUUUCGAGACGUUUGUUGUAAUGCUGUCUUGGUGGGAUCCGUUUCUCAAGUACGUGUGGUGCACGUCCUUCAUUAUGGUUCUGUGUGCUCUGGUCACUGCAGCUCCAUCAUUGUCCGUCCGAUAUGCAAGACUAUCACGAUGGCUGGUGUGGUCAUCUUGGCUCUUGAACUUUGUGCUGCCUUUCAUGGUCCUGAUGGUCUAUCCGCUUCGCGAAGCCAUCGACUGGAACGGCGUACGAGAGGAUCUUUGUGUUGUCGUGGUGACCCGUGCACUGACUUCUCCGGGAAUCGACAUGAGCUCAGCGCUGAGCAGCUUGCAGCCCGGUGCCAGUGGACUUUCCGGCUUGCAGUCUCUCCAAACUGCGGUGCAAGAGCAACUUUCCCAGGACGUGCGGAUGAACGACGUUCCCGUGCGGACGUGGUGUCAAGAGCAGGGCACGGACUGGCAGUCGAUCUUCUGCGAGAGAGUCAUGCACUGCGUCUUGAGGGCCGACCAGCGCUGCCGAGAAGAAGUUUGCUUUGGAGCUCCUGUUGCAGACCAGACGACCUGUCAAACACGUUGCUUGGAAUAUGCCAAGAGCUCCACGCGGGCAGUGGCUGUGUCCUUUACUCAGUCCAUGGAAACCGAGUGCGAAGAGUUUCAGGACUCCCAGCAAAGCGCCUCAGACUUCAAUGCCACAAGCCUGCUGGACUCGGUGGGCUCGGGAAUUCCAAGCGAGUGUACGGAUUUGGCGCUGCAGCAGCUUCAAAUCUUCAAUACGAUGGCGGAGCAGCAAUCGUCCAGAUCCCAAGAUCAAUGCAGUUUUGCUACUCUCGCCGUGAACAACGUGGACUUUAUCGCUGGCAUCUUCGUCGGGGUGGAGGCCGGAGCCUUGCUGAUCCCCUCCGCACUCAGCGUGCUCGGCGGUCUCGCCGAGUCGCUCUACAACUUGAAGGCCCUCUUCCCCGGGCACCAAGAGGUCCCUUGGGUGCUGAUACUGACUGCAUUCGAGUCGGUCCCCAUCUACACCGCCUUCUUGGCUGUGAUCCAGCAACUUAUGGGGAACGUCCUCCUGGCAGUCGCCUGCUGCAGCUUCAUCGGCUGGAUAUUGCUGCCUGCCUUGACGGGUGCCUUAAGCCUCAAGAUCAAGCCCGGGACAGAAGGUCGCUGGAAGUUCUAUCGAAGAGUCUGGAUUGAAUAUGGCAUGCGCGGGCCGUUGCUUAUCGCCAUUGGCGUGUCCAUGUCUGCGUUCAUGAGGGACACCCUUGGCAACGAAUUUCUGCAGGGCCGGAACCCCUUCAAUAUGCUAUUUUUUUCAGCGUUGAACUAUUUUGCGCGCAAAACGUUGACGGCCGUAGCUGGCACAGAUGUGAUGAUUUCAACUUUUUUGCAGAGUCGGUACUGGCGAUCUCGUUUCACGGUGGAGGAGCGGGCAGUCAACGAGGAUCGCAUGGAGGCACUCUCGCCCAUCAUCCUUUCGAUGCACACACGUCCGACGGUGGAUGCAAACGAGAUCAAGGUCACAACCUCUCCCGACGACGCCCCGCCGUCCGCUAAGCCUCAAGGCGAGGUCACGCCCAAAGGCGCCAUUUCUGAGUCUCGCAUCGUCGUCUCACCCCAUGAAGUCCGAACCGACGAAGUCGCCGAAGAGCGUUCCGACGGCGCGGAUCUUCCUGAACAGCAACACGGUACAAAUCCGACAUCUUUGCUCUCAGGUGGUGCAGCCCAACCACUGGCCUAA